AUGGCUUCUCAUCAGGAGUAUCCCGCAGGACAAGCGCCUGACUGCUUGGUCUGGGAAAUCGUCAGGGACAACCACGCCCACCUCCACCACGCCGUGCACAAGCGUUUCUCGAAGGAGCGCUUCAACAUCAUGGCCGUGCACACGCCCAGGUUCUCAGGUAGGUCCAGCUGCGACGAAGGCAACAGCGCGUUCAGGCCUGCUCCAGAAGAACGUAGUCGACCUCGGCAUCUCGCCCUCCGGCUCCAAGAUCUUGGCCUACAAGGCCAGGGCCGCCCGUGGCGUGCGCCCCGGUUCCAGCACCCGCGUCAUCAAGCUCAGCAAGAGCAUGGCGCACGCCGAGUACCUGCGCAACCUCGUCGACCCCGCCAGGGACGAGAUCGCCAAGGCGCUGGUGAACAAGAUGGAGAAGCUCACCCACACCAGAUACGACGACAAGUCGGAGUGAACUGCGCUUUUUAA